AUGCGUGAUGAUGUUUUGUCACAGCAGAAGCGACAUUCAAUGAAUGAAUUACGUUUUCAACACACAUCCGUUCAUCGACAACAGUCAUUGGAAUCAAAUUCUUUGCAAGUGUUGAUAGAUCAUAACAAGGAAACGUUAUUGAAAGGUCAGACACGAUCCGAUAUGAAUAAUCGCGCAUUAGAUUCUAAUCAUGAAAUCUUUGAAAAAUCUAAUUUUAUUGCUAAUGAAUCACUUGAUUUAUCAAAUAACAAAGAAAUUUCAGGUGAAACGAAUUUGAUAGAGGAGAAUAAUCUAGGAAAGAAUACAUUGGAUCAAAAUCAACAAGUUUUAGAAAAGUCGAUAUCCUUUGCCAACGAUGAAACAUCGGCAAUCAUAAGUUCUUUAGAUCAUAACAAGGACAUAAAAUCAUCUAACGAAUUCGCCGAAAAAAUCGAUAAUGAUGAAGGUUCAUCAUAUCGUCCAUUUAUUCCAACCGAGGGAAGAGAUAUUAAUGAUAUAUGGAGUGAUUACAACAACCUCACUCAAGAACAAUUUAAAACUAUGACAAUAAAAGAUUUUAAUAACAUUCUUGGAUCAUUCAAAAAAUUCUUGAUAUAUUCGGACGUUCACGACAAAUUAUUAGUUCAUGGCAAGAUGUUGUCAAUAUUUAGUGAUCUUGAAAUGAAGGCAAAGUUAAAACCGGAUGUUUCCACAUACAACAUUUUAAUGUCCACGGCUUUGAAUUUGCAAGAUUUGUCAAAAUUACAAAAUUUAUUCAAAAUCAUGAAGAGACAAGAGAUCAAACCGAAUACAGUAUCUUAUAACAUAAUGAUCUCGGGAACUAUUAAAUUAGGUCAUCGUCCAGAUGCAUUUAAAUUAUAUAAUGAAAUGGUUGAUUUAGGAAUUGAAAGAAGCAAUAUCACUUAUUCAAUGUUACUUUCCGCGUGUGCUAGAGAUUCUCGCUUCAUGGAUGCCUUGUCUUAUCAUGAAAAAAUGUUAAAGGAAGGGAUCAAGCCAGACGUUUACAAUUACAAUGCACUACUAAGGGUAUUGAUGAAUAACGCCGAUAGGAGCAAAUUAAUUGGAAUUUAUGACGUAAUGAAGAAACAAGGGAUCAAACCUACGAUAGUGACGUAUAAUUACCUCAUCAAAGGGAUGAAUUUACGCGGAGAGAAGGAAUAUGCAAAGAAAUUUCUUGAUGAUAUGAAAAAUGAAGGAAUCAACCCUAGUAUCUUGAUUCUUGAUUCAUUUGGAAUCACUGGAAUUGAGGCCAUUCAAAAAUCGGGAGAUCAAAGUGGAAAAUGUUUAGAUGUAAUCGAUUAUAAUACACUGUUGCGUGGAUGUGUGAAAAAAUCCGAAUAUCAUGAUGCAUUCGAGAUUUUCAAUCUUAUGAGAGAAAACAAAGUGACUCCAAAUCUAGCAACGUAUACUAUAAUUAUGGGGGCUUAUCUUCAGAAAAAUGAAAUCGAAUUCGCCAUGGAAUUAUUUAAUAGGAUGAAGAACGACAAUGUAGCUCCUGAUUCACAAGUUUACACUUUUAUGAUCGAUUCUUUACUGAAUCAAGGGAAAACGAAACAAGCAUUUGAUCUAUUAUCAGAAAUGAAUAACGAGACAAGUGGUAAGAAGGAUAAAAUAGCUUUUAAUAAGAAAGAGGUAAUCCGACUUCUUGGUUCAGCAUCAAAGUUAGAAGGUAAUGAUGUGAUUGAAAAUCUUUUCCGUGAAAUAUCAAGAACUCCGUCUCAAUUGACAAGUGGUGCCUUUGAAAAGGUUCUUUGGCGCGUAGCACAAGGUAAAGAUGAGGAAAGGAUCGAAUAUUAUUUAGAAUACAUGAGAAAGAGAGAAAUCCCCAUUAAAAAUACGACGUAUGAAGCAAUUAUCGACGGGUUUAUUCAAAAAAAGGAUAUAAAUAAUUCUAUAUACUGGUACGAUCGGAUGGUUGAUAAGGAAUUCGUUCCAACAGGAAAAAUUAUUUUCAGGAUGAUGCAAUUCUUUUCUAAUAGUAAAGAAAUAAUAAGAUAUUGGGAUGAUUUUUUUAAAUAUGGAAUUAGACCUGGGAAAGAUGAUGUUAAUUUAAUCAUAGAUUAUUGCUGUAGUGGUAAAACGAACAGAGAUUUGGUACCAAAAGUUUUUUCUCAAUGCAGAACUAUGAGAUUUGUUCCGACCAAUGAAAUCCUUUUAAAGGUCAUGCAGUUUUAUUCUAAAAGAGGUAAAACAAUGAAAGUGGUAGAAUAUUUGGAUCUUUUUUAUAUCUUUGGAAUUAAGCCAGAAUUAGAUGUUAUUAGUUUUAUAUUAGACUUUUGUUGUAAAUUAAAAAACAAAAGGUUGAUAUCAGACAUUCUUUCUCAGUGUAGUAUCAUGGGUUUCGAUGGCUUUUCGCUUUAUAGGACAAAGAGAUCUAACGUAGAAACUGAUAGCAUUGAUGCUUCGUUACUUCACCCUGGUGAUGCAAUAAGUUCACAUGAAAAUAGUUUAGAAUUAAUUGAGAAUUGGAUAUAUUCUAAAGGAAAGAAUAAGAGAAAGUUAAAUUUAGAGAAAAUUAAAAGGAUAAGAAGGAUAUUAGAUUUAGAAGAAAAGGUUUUAUUAAGGCAUAAUAAACUUGAUCCGAUUAUUAGAAAAAAUAUACAAACUUGGACUCCCUAUAGCGCGGCGGGUGCUAGUUCAAAAGAUGACAAAGACGCAAGCGUUGAAAAAAAAGUUGAAUCAGAUUCUUUUAUAGAUCAUGAAUCUGACAUUGAUUCAAUUAUCGAAAAAACAUUUUGCGAACAAAGCGAUGAGGAAAUAAUUACUUCAAAAGAUUAA